AUGAACGUGCGGCAGACGGCGCAGAAGCAUCAGGUCGGCGGUGGCGCUGGCGGGAUGCCGCCGCAGCCACCGCAGAUGCGGAGCAUGGCAAGCCUCGCCGUAGCGGCCGAUCCCGAGUUUGUCACGCUGCGCGCCAUUAUCUGGAGUAACAUAGAAACGCCGAGAAACGCCAGCGCCUUCGGCGUUUCUUACCUGGUCCGCAACGCUAGCUACCUCGGCAUUUCUUUUUUGAUCAGAAAUGCUAACUACCUCGGCGUUUCUUUCUUAAGAGGAAACGCCGCGGGCUGUGGCGUUGUUAGAAGGAACCAACAAUUGUCAAGACAGAUAGCAUCUUCCACUUGCUGUGGGAUGAUGAUUCCGACACCUGGUAUCACGCAAGGCGCAAGUGAAACUUGUACAAUGUCUUAUCUACCAUACAACAUGGAUCCUUCAUCUGGUGCCGGCUUGGUUCCACCGAGUGCCAAUAGUGGUACCUCCCUGCAAGGGGGAGCUCCUAAUGAGCAUGUGAACACAAUGUUGUCUCAGGGGAUACUCCCUACACAACAUGGUCGGCCUGAAACCAACAAACUCUUGGCAUGCCCUGCACCUUCGAAGGAUCUCCCAAAGGAACCAAAGUUCAGCUGCCCAGUCUGCACGAACGAGUUGGUCGAUGCGUCGUCGACUAUCUGCGGCCACAUCUUUUGUCAGAAGUGUAUCGAGGCCUCCAUCCAGGCUCAGAGCAAGUGCCCUACCUGCCGUAGGACGCUGACCGUGAACAGUUUUCACCGUAUCUACCUCCCGACCAUGGAUUGA